AUGUCACACCCCUUUUUCCAAAGUAGUUUUCAUCGACCACCUGCCAUCAUUAUCUACGGAGUAGGAGGUAAGACCAGUUUGACUGAUCCAAAUUGUUAUGAACCCCUGACGUGGGCAGAAUGUGUUUGGGAGAGAAAAGAAGUCUGGAAUAAUGAUAAGAAGAUUAGAGAUUAA